UCUGUACUUAAGUUUUGGGAUAAGAAAAUAAUCAAACUUAAAUCAAACUCCUUAAGGUGGAUGGAUCAAUGAGAUUCAAGCAAAAUGUGGGAUUUGAAAAAUGCUGUUUGAGUGAAAUGCAGCGAUUACUGAUCAUAAGGAGUUUUCAACAGAAUUUUCUACUAAAAACAGGUGAAAUUCUUCAGUUGUCGUUUAAAUGAUACCAUUUUCAGACCGGCCAGCAAAGAGGAUUUCCCACUGGACCAUGCAGGCCUGUUUUCUGUUAUCACCUACUCCUGGCUCACAGGCUUGAUGUGGAAGAUCUACCGUAAAGGAAUGGCAUCAGUACAGAUGUGGAAAUGCCCCGCAACAGAGAGUUCGAGGGUCAACGUUAAGAGAUUUGAGAGGGCCUGGCUGGAGGAGCUGAAGACAAAGCCACGAGACAAGGUUUCACUGGGCCGGGUGAUAUUCAGCUUGUACAAAACCCGCCUGUUCUUGGGGUUCAUCCUGGCUAUCCUCUCUGUCCUCUGCUCCUUCCUGGGGCCUGCUAUAGUAGUGCGGAUGUUACUGGAAUAUCUGUCACGGAGGGAGAUCCAUGUGGGUCAUGGCGUUGGGCUGGUGGUGGCCCUUAUUCUCAUGGAGGUGGGGCGGUCUGUCUUCAUGGGGAUGUGGUGGUUUGUGCAGUACCAGGGAGGUGUUAGGCUUCGUUCAGGGGCAAUGUCUCUACUAUUUCAAAAGAUUUUACGCCUGAGGACAUUAAAAGACACCACUAUGGGCUCGCUGAUCAACAUGUGCACCAAUGACAGCCAGCGUCUGUACGAGGCCCUCAUCAUCCCUUUCCUGCCUGCCACAGUGCUUUGCCUUGCCUUGGGGGUAAUUUAUGUCAUCUGUCUGAUGGGAGCCUGGGCAGUCCUGGGAACAUUCAUCUAUCUUAUCUUCUAUCCAAUCAUGGUACUCAUCUCACGCAUUACAACUCAUUACAGACAUAAAGCUAUCAAAGUUACUGAUAAACGGGUUCGUUUAAUGAGUGAACUAUUGAAUUGUGUAAAAUUGAUAAAAAUGUAUGCCUGGGAGCAGUCAUUUGCAGAAUCAAUAUCAAAGAUCCGUAAUGAAGAGAGAGUUGUGUUGGAAAAGGCAGCAUAUGCUCAGAGCUUUAGCCUGUCAUUAUCUCCUCUCUUACCUGUGGUUUGUGCUGCCGUUACCUUUAUAGGUCACACUGGCACUGGUAACGACCUUACACCAGCACAGGCCUUCACAGUGCUGGCAGUGCUCAACUCUAUGAGAAUGUCGCUUGGUAUCCUGCCGUUCUGUAUCCGGGCAUUCGCUGAAGUUCUCGUUACCAUUGGCAGAUUCCAGGGUGUUUUACUCAUGGAAGAGAUGUCCCCUCAUUUUGGAACGGUAACCAACAAGAACCAAGCCCUGGUCCUGGAUAGGGCCUCAAUGGCCUGGGACACGACGACAGCUGAAAACCAGAAUGACAAGACUAAGUCUUUGAAAAAUGGGCCAGUGGAACAGAACGGUGGUAAAUCAGCAAGUCUACCAGAAGAAAAGCGCCCUUUGGGGAUUAAAACCGACGAGAACGAACCAGUUGCAACAUUAUCUGACCUCAGCCUUGUUGUAGAAAAGCUAUAUUUACCUGUUUUUCAGGGCCAGCUUGUCGGGGUGUGUGGGAGUGUGGGUUCGGGGAAGAGCUCUUUGGUGUCCGCUAUAUUAGGCAGGAUGAUCACGAUGACUGGCAGCAUUGCUGUUAAUGGUAAAGUGGCGUAUGUAUCCCAGCAGGCCUGGAUUAUGAGCGGGACUCUGCGUGACAACGUCCUGUUUGGAUUCCCCUAUGAUGAAGACAAGUAUGCCUUAGUGAUAGAGGCCUGUGGACUGUUACCUGACAUUGAAUCUUUGAUAGCGGGAGAUCAAACAGAGAUAGGUGAACGAGGCCUUAAUUUGUCUGGAGGUCAAAAGCAGCGGAUCAGUUUGGCGCGUGCCGUCUACAGCAACGCAGAUAUCUACCUCCUGGACGAUCCGCUGUCAGCAGUGGACAUCCAUGUGGGCAGACACAUCUUCAACCGCUGUCUGCUAGAGGCUCUCAAGGGGAAAACUGUCAUCUUCAUCACUCAUCAGUUACAGUACCUGAAGAGCUGUGAUCAGAUCCUUGUGAUGAAGGAUGGACAGUUUGUGGAGAGUGGGUCACAUGACCAGCUAAUGGCUGCUGACAAGGACUAUGCCUCACUGAUCAGGAUCUUCUACACUGAGCACGAGGAGGACGUGACAACAGAAGAGGAGGAGGGGGAGGGGGACGGGCUUCCGGACUCCAUUGGCGAUGUACGGCUCAGCUUGGAGAAGCAGAAGUCUGUCUUGUCCAGGGUCUCCAGUGUCUGCCGUGAGGUCAGUCUGAAGAGUGGGUCUCAACACAGCGAGAAAAAUGCCCUCAGUGCUAAGUCAGCAUCCAGCAUCUCUACUGACGUAGAAACAGAUCAAGAGAACGUUGGCCAGCUAGUGGAGGCAGAAAACAUAGAAGAGGGGAAUGUCACAUGGAAGUCGUACUGGUAUUACAUCAGAGCUGCUGGUGGCUGGUUUGUCCUCCUCUUCGUCAUUCUCAUCUUUUUCAUGGCCAUCGGCUCCCAAAUGGUCACCAGCUGGUGGCUGUCCAACUGGCUGUCACAAGGAAGUGGGAACUCUAAUGUGACAGACGGCAAUGUGACGCGUGUGAGCACCAGCGUGACAGACAACCCUGACCUUGCCUUCUACAUCGCGGUGUAUGGAGGCCUCGUUGGAGUCAUCUUUGUCACCAUGGCCAUCAAGGGAUUCGUCUUCAUGAAGAUUACUCUGCUGGCUUCAAGCAGGCUUCACGAUCAGGUGUUCAUCAAAAUCAUGCGAAGUCCUAUGAAGUUUUUUGACACUACUCCGACAGGAAGGAUACUCAAUAGGUUCUCCAAAGAUUUAGACGAUGUGGAUACGUUGUUGCCGUUCCGAGCCGAAUCGUUUUUACAGAACAGCCUGGUGGUGAUUGGCUCACUUCUGAUCAUCGCUUACGUCUCUCUCUGGUUCCUCAUCGCCCUCGUCCCCCUCAGCAUCGUCUUCGGAGUCCUGAAGCAGCUUUUCUCUACGGGAAUCCGGGAACUGAAGAGGAGCGACAAUGUUACACGCUCCCCGCUCAUCAGCCAUAUCAGCGCGUCCGUCAUGGGCAUCACCACCAUACAUGCUUACGGCAAGACUGCAGCUUUUACAGAAAAGUUUUUUGACCUCUUGGAUACGAACACUGUCCCAUUUUACCUGUUUAAUCUGGCCAAUCGGUGGUUGUCUGUUCGUCUGGACAUGAUCACAAUUUGUGUGACGGGGAUUACAGGCUUCCUGUGUGUAUUCACCCACGAAAGUAUCCCACCUGCCAUGGCAGGGCUUGCUCUCGCCUUUGCUAUUCAGAUCACAGGGCUCUUCCAGUUCACAAUCAGAAUGGCCAUAGAGACAGAGGCUAGAUUCACAUCCGUGGAAAGGAUACAGUACUACAUAGACAACGUAACAACAGAAGCGCCACCUGUUGUAAAGGACAAACGUCCCAGUGAAGACUGGCCAAAAAGAGGGGAGAUAACAUUUAAGAAUUACAAGAUGAAAUAUCGAGAGAACUUACCAUUGGUCCUGAAGGGACUCAACCUAUCAAUCAAAGCCUGUGAGAAGAUCGGCAUUGUGGGAAGAACAGGGUCUGGGAAGUCCUCAUUGGCUGUGGCUUUGUUUCGCCUGGUAGAGCCUUACUCUGGGACAAUACUCAUUGAUGACACAGAUAUCACACAGAUAGGCCUGGAUGAUCUCCGCUCAAAGCUUGCCAUCAUUCCACAAGAUCCUGUGCUCUUUGUCGGAACUGUCAGGUAUAAUUUGGAUCCAUUUGGGAAGCACAAUGACGAGGAACUGUGGACUGCAUUAGAGAAAUGUCAUGUUAAACCAACGAUCCAGGCGUUGGAUCAGCAGUUACUUGCCCCUGUCGUGGAGAAUGGAGAGAAUUUCUCCGUGGGGGAGAGGCAGCUUCUGUGUAUGGCCAGAGCUCUCCUUAGACAUAGCAAGAUCCUUGUGCUGGAUGAAGCCACAGCCGCCAUUGAUACAGAGACAGAUUCUCUAAUCCAGGCCACGAUUAAGGACGCCUUCUCUGACUGCACCAUGCUAACAAUAGCCCACCGUCUCAACACCGUCGUGACAUGUGACCGCAUCCUGGUCAUGGAUGACGGCAUGGCGGCAGAGUUUGACAAACCAUCCAUUCUGCUGUCCAAAGCCGAUUCCGUUUUCAAAAACAUGAUGGAUGCUUCAGAGUCCACGGAGGGUUAAAAUUUCUUGAAUUUGACUGAACAACUGAUGAAAAAGUACAGGAGUUUGAUGUUUAUGAGCAAACAAAGUCUUCUGAGUGAAAUAUUGGAAGGAAUAUUGGAAUUAAUUAUUUAAGCAUUAAUUAAAGUUUACAGUUUACCAUAGAUGUAAUAUUAUAUUUACUACAUUCUGUGAUCUCUGUAGUGAGUUUUGCUUGUUCAAAGAUACUGUAUGAAGUCACAUUUAUCUCUGUCACUACAAUAUGUUUGUCAACAUUUAAUUCUCAACAUCUGUAUCUUCCAUUUCAAAUCAUAUAUAUAUGUCAACACUCAUCUCUACCUGUUAGAAUACUCUUUAAGUACGCCAUGAAAUAAUGAGCAAAGUAAUAUGUAUAAAUCUACCUGUUCAGUUCGUCAGUGGCCCAGUAACCGCACGGCUAUAGUUAACUUCCAGUAAGGAUACACCUGUCUUUAUGUUAAAUAUAAAAAUCUUUUCUUUACAUAUUUUUAGUAAUAUCAGUGUAUUGUUCUCAAUGCAAGGCCCCAUAAACCUCCUUGCCUAGUAUUGAAUAAGAGUACCUGCCCUAUGAUAAAAAUGUAGUUAUAGUUCUAAAUUUUUGAGAUUCUUGUAUUGAUUGUAAUUUUAUCACAAUAUGAUGAAUGAAUAUAAUAUUUUGUGUAUCAUGUACUGUGAAUAAAUGUUAAUGUUAUUUCUUUUUUUCCUGCUGUGAGUUAAUUUUAAACUUUGGAUGUUUUAAUGCAGAAAGAAAAUUGAUAUAUAUAUAUAUAUUGGAUGUACCUAAAAGGUACAUACUGUAGAUGUCAUCCCACGGGAAUAUGUAGAUGCAUAGUUUAUGACAAAUUCCAGUUUUUUGUAACAAAUGAAAACAAUUGUGUGAUCAUGUAGUGAUAUUGCUGUGAUUCCUAUAAUGUAUACAAUACUAUGUGUUCAGAGGUUUGCCAUGAUGUGUAUACGGAAAAGACAUGACCAGUGGAGUGUUCACAGCACUGUAAUAAGGUGUGGCGAGGAUCAUUCAUAUAGCUCUGUAAAGCAAUGGCUCCUCUUGUUAUUUUAUUGGAGUGAAUGGGAGUUUCAGUGUAUUACAAUGAAAUGAAAUAUGAAUGGAAUAAUUAAAUUGAGCAGAGUUUCCUCAUACAUACGUGUAGUCUGCACACUUAUAUUUGAACUAAAGAUCUUAUAGUUCACUGCUUUCUGUUAUAUUAAUGGAAAGGCCAGAAUUUGUUCACAGUUGAAAACAUUACUUGGAAGUAGAAUGAGAAUGUGUUACUAGUACAUGAAUUCUUGUUACAGGUGUAAUAAAACUUGUGCCAUAGUAACAUUUCCAGGAGAUUGUUGGUGUAAUAUCACCUGUUGUAGGAGUUACUGUUACAAAGGUUGACUUGAUAAUGUCCUGGAACUACUGAUGAAACCGCAUGUCAGUGAUCUCCCCUCAGUCAGUCUUAGCUUAUGGUGUGCAAUUGGUCUGUUUUAAAAUAAUCAAGAACCAGAACUCAUAUAUUGUGUGAUUUUUCCUGAUUGUACAGUGUAUUAAUUUUUGUUCCUGGCUGCAUUCAUAAACCGAAUGCUAGAUAAAUGAUUUAUUCAAUUUUUAUUUCUUAUUUUUAUGAAAAUGGAAGGACUUUUUGGUGCUGUGCCAUUAUGCCAUGACUUGGUAUCAUGUUUGGUGUUUUGUUGGAUGUCAUAUCGGGUGUUCUGUUGGAUGUCAUAUCGGGUGUCAUAUUAGGAAUAAUGCCUCACUGAUUCGGCACAAUAUUCAGAUGUGACUAAAUCUGGUGCCAGGUCAUUGUAAUGUCAGGUGUUCUGUGUGGAAGAAUUUUUCAGCGAUUCAUUAGAACAGUCAAGUGCGAGUAGUUCUGUUGACAAGAACAAGAUGAAGUGAUGGUGUAAACAAAAAUUGUUCAACUCGACCAUAGUCACAUCAUCGUUUAAAUUUAAGAUUAUCUUUAAUCAGUGACUAGGUGUCAUAUCCAGCAUCUUAUGAGGUGUCAGUUGUGAGGGGUAAUAUUUCGUUGAGUCUACACUACAUUCAGGUGUAACUAAAUUGUAGAUAGCUCUGUAGACAAGAAGACACCGAUCAUGGUACCAAAAGAAUCAUUCCAAUCCAUCAUGUCUUUUAAAUUUUAAUAUUAUUUUUAAUCAAAACAGUUGGAAUAGACAUUCUCAAGCUGCUUGUAAUCUUUCAUGGCUUGCUCAGAAGAAAGUUUGAAACAGGUAAAAUGUCAGAUGAGACUCCUUAACUUUGGUGAUCAUUGAAUUCAAAUGAUAGGCUAUUUUAGUACAUAUGUGUUUUCUUGGUGGAAUUUGAGAAUCUUACAGCCUUGUACUGUACCUCAGCUGCUAUUUGCAGCGUUUUUUUUUUUUACCGAAAAUAAAUGACUAUUUUAGUUAUACCCUUUACAUCCUUGGAAAAGGUCUAUGGAUUUUUUGUACAGGUCUUAUGAGUUUUAGGCUGUAUGUAAUGAGUAUGGUAUUAUACAUCUGUACUACU